AGGCAUACUCUGCCUGACGCCUCUGCCCUUCUCUAUCUCUACUUAGUCUUCAAAAUUUCUCAUUCUAAGCACCUCGUCUUCCUUAUCUUCUCAUAGUUGCAAGAUUUCAGUAACCACUAGAAAGUAUAUUUCUUUUAACAACUUUCUUCUCCCAGUCCUCUUUUUUCUUUUUUUUGGGUGCCAAAACCAGAGAAAAUGAAGCUGUUGUUUAUGUUGUUUUUGCUUGCAAAUAUUGCAAAUUCAUUGUUUACUCCAAAUGGGUCAAAUUCUAAUAGGUUUAUGGCAUCUGAAGAAGGAUACCAGAAAUGGCUAAAAGCAAAACAAUUGGAUUCUUUCAAGCAAGCUUUCUUCCAGAAAGCCAAAAACAAGUUCAAGCCUUGUUUAACCAUAAAAGUGAACAAAAAAUUAAGCUCAGGAGGUUUAACAACUGUGCAAAAAGCUCUCAAUUCUAUACCAGUUGUCAAUAACUGCAGGGUGAUUGUCUCCAUUAGCGCAGGAACUUACAGGGAGAAGGUUGAGAUUCCUGCAAGCAUGGCUUACAUUACCCUAACGGGAGCUGGAGCAGACAAGACGAUCAUUGAGUGGGAUGAUACAGCAGACAAAAUGGGGCAUGGAGGACAUCCAUUGGGUACAUAUGGCUCUCCAACAUUUGCCAUUAAUUCUCCUUAUUUUAUUGCAAAGAACAUUACCUUCAAGAACAAGGCCCCAUCGCCACCUUCGGGAGCUCUGGGAAAGCAGGCAGUUGCGCUCCGAAUUUCAGCGGACACUGCCGCAUUUAUUGGCUGCAAGUUCACUGGAGCACAAGACACCCUUUAUGAUCACAUUGGCAGACAUUACUUCAAGGAAUGCUACAUUGAAGGUUCUGUCGAUUUCAUAUUUGGAAAUGGGCUCUCACUCUAUGAGGAUUGCCAUUUGCAUGCUAUCACGAAUAGUUUUGGGGCCUUGACAGCACAGAAAAGAGAAAGCUUGCUUCAAGAAACGGGCUUCUCCUUCGUCAAUUGCAAGGUUACAGGGUCAGGUGCUCUCUAUUUGGGCAGAGCAUGGGGCACUUUCUCAAGAGUUGUCUUCGCAUACACUUACAUGGACAAGAUCAUUACUCCUGGAGGAUGGUCUGACUGGGGAGACAAAAACAGGGAAAUGACUGUAUUUUAUGGACAGUACAAGUGUUCAGGGCCAGGGGCAGAUUUUGGAGGAAGAGUGUCAUGGUCUAGGGAGCUCACUGAUCAAGAGGCCAAGCCGUUUAUUUCAAUUAGUUUCAUUGAUGGCCAUGAAUGGCUUCCCAGAUCAUGAAAUCUUCAACCUUAUUCAGAGCACAUCAACGUCGAUCAAAAUUGUAAGAUUAACAUUCUAUCUUGAUAAGAGAUGUCAAUGAGACCACCUGCUAAUAAUUCAAAUAAAAAAUGUUUGCUCAGUUGUUCCUUAAAAACUAUGGCCAAGGGCUUUCAGCACGUUCGCAAGAUCAACUAUUUGAACAAUUUCAGCACCAAAUAGACAUCCGUGUUGAUGCAAUUAGAGUUGAGAAGUACAGGCUUGCAUAAUUUAUUAAGAAUUACAUAAGAUAGGUACUUAAUCAUAUGUACAAAUGAACAAUAUACAGUAAUAUUCACAAUUCCAACACUGCUCCCCCAAUCCCCACGUGAAGAUGAUGUGGCAACUUGCGCUGCUUUCCACUGAAUUAACUGAA